GCCGAGGGACUUUAUGUAAGGUCGCCGUGCCACGUGACGCCGCCGGCUUCCGGUUUAGAGGUGCGAGGGGAACUUCCGGCUGGGCUAGCGUUGUUGUUGGAGAGGUGAGAGUGAAGGUCUCGAUGCUGGCUGUAAGACAGAUUGUGGGCAGUGGGCUUCGAGGACCUUUCUCCUCGCAGGGGGCUGCCCUCUCCCUGGUCCGGUUUACUUCCUCAACUUCCCAGCAGGGCACUCCCACCAAGACCAAGUACGGACCCCUCAAGGAUGAAGACCGGAUCUUCACCAACCUGUACGGCCGCCAUGACUGGAGGCUGAAGGGGGCUCUGAAACGUGGGGACUGGUACAAAACCAAAGAGAUUCUGCUGAAGGGGGUCGACUGGAUUCUCGGAGAGGUGAAGACCUCCGGCCUGCGGGGGAGGGGAGGAGCCGGAUUUCCCACCGGAAUGAAGUGGGGGUUCAUGAACAAGCCUUCAGAUGGAAGGCCCAAAUACCUGGUAGUGAACGCUGAUGAGGGGGAGCCAGGAACGUGUAAGGACCGUGAGAUCAUGAGGCAUGACCCCCACAAGCUGAUUGAAGGUUGCCUGGUUGCGGGCCGCUCGAUGGGUGCUCAAGCUGCUUAUAUCUACAUCAGGGGCGAGUUCUAUAAUGAAGCUUCCAAUGUACAGGUUGCGAUUAAGGAGGCAUAUGAGGCAGGGCUGAUCGGGAAGAAUGCCUGUGGGUCUGGAUAUGAUUUUGAUGUGUUUGUUUUCCGUGGAGCCGGUGCCUACAUAUGUGGGGAGGAGACGGCCCUGAUCGAGUCACUGGAGGGGAAACAGGGCAAACCCCGUCUGAAGCCCCCUUUCCCUGCUGACGUGGGCGUAUUUGGCUGCCCGACAACUGUUGCCAACGUGGAGACGGUGGCCGUCUCCCCUACCAUCUGCCGGCGCGGUGGCGAGUGGUUCCACAGCUUUGGGCGGGAGCGCAACUCCGGAACCAAACUCUUCAACAUCUCGGGCCACGUCAACAACCCCUGCACCGUGGAGGAGGAGAUGUCCAUUCCCCUCAAGGAGCUCAUCGAGAGGCACGCGGGUGGUGUGAUUGGAGGAUGGGACAAUCUCCUGGCGAUCAUUCCGGGUGGAUCAUCCACACCUCUGAUUCCCAGAUCCGUUUGUGAAGACGUGAUGAUGGACUUCGACGCACUUGUUGCAGCUCAGACUGCGUUAGGCACAGCGGCCGUUAUCGUGAUGGAUAAAUCAUCAGACGUUAUCCGCUGUAUCGCCCGUUUAAUGGAGUUCUACAAACACGAGAGCUGCGGACAGUGUACGCCUUGUCGUGAAGGUGUAGACUGGAUGAACCAGAUGUUGUGGCGUUUUGUGAAGGGUGAUGCUCGUGUUGCUGAGAUUGACAUGCUGUGGGAGAUCAGCAAGCAGAUUGAAGGACACACAAUCUGUGCCCUGGGUGACGGGGCAGCGUGGCCUGCACAGGGUUUAAUCCGACACUUCCGUCCGGAGAUGGAGAAAAGAAUCCAAUCCUUCCAGGAAAGCGGAAUGGCGAAGGCUGUGAUGUGAAGAAACCUUGGAGAUGAACUGUGCAGCUCCUUGAGCACUUUGGAAAGCAGAGAGAGUGUGUCUGUGUGUGGGGAAUAUAUUUAUACAAGUUUGACUGGGAGUAGACACCUGUAAUUCAUACGCGUUAAUAUCAUAUUGGGAAAGAUUGAGUUUACUGUUUGAAAGGUCUGAUUUUCCCAAUAAAAUUGCUUUUAUCCACCA